UCGUCGGAAAUCACGCAAAAGCGGGAAAUAUGGCUGUCGAAAUGGAAGAAAAACACGAUGAAGACGAUAAAGUUGAUAUUUUGACAAGGAUCACAGAUUCUAUCGACAACCAUUUGAGAGGUUUUAGGAAUGUUUCCUGGGUUCUGGCUGGAGCUGGAAUUAUACUGAUUGCAAGGAGAACAUAUGUGUUUAGGCAUUUUAAAGUUGUCUCUGACAUCCCAAAAGAAUUUGUUGCCAAGAACAUCACCUUUCGUGGCCAUGUAUGCGAGGUUAGGCCAGACAACACUCUUGGUAUUUAUCAUAUUCCUUUGCUCAGGAGACUCAAAUAUUCAUCUGAUACAGAGGCCUCAAAACAAUCCAGUCUUCUAGCCAUCAGUCUUAUAGGUGUGGAAUUCAGGGAAGGUGGGCACCAAUGGCUUUCAGGCCAUCUGAUGUCAGCUGAUGUUAAGAUUACUCCUUUCCAAGUCACCAAAAAGCAUACAUUGGACUGCAUGGUGUACAAGAAAAAGAACUGGUUUUCAACUAUAUGUGUUAACCAAGAAUUGCUGCAUCAAGGUGUAGCAGUCACAUGUCAUGUUCCCACACUUGUCAACAGUCCAGUUUAUCAAAAACUUCAAAGACAACUCCUGAAGGCAGAAAUAUCUGCUGAAAAGAAAGGUGUUGGCAUUUGGAAGAGGCCAUCAAGAAUAAAAGCCUUUUGGGAAAAAAUUUCCUCUCCAAUCUCCUGGAUAAAGAGGGGACUCAGUGCUUUUCAAUAUGUUAGAAGUCUCUUUUCAAGGAAAGCAACAAACCAUGAAGAGAAGUAAUUUUUAAAAAGUAACUUAACAAAGUGAACUGGGAUAUUUUGAUGGCACAAGAAUCUUUGACCAAGAUUUGUUUGUCACAUCAACCUGGAUGCUUAUGUUUGUCCUAAAAAAUUGAGGUAGAGAACAAACUAACUCUUCUCCAGCAUUGCACCGCUUCCCUAAAGAGAAGCUUUGCUCAUAGUGGAGUUCAGUUUUGGAACAACCCACCCUAGAGUCAGUCUUAACAUGAUGUUAAAGCAAAUUAACAAUUGGUUCAUACGUCAGUGUGUGUUA